AUGUCGCACCCACCUAGCUCUGCGGUCUCGGCGACGGAUGAUUCGAUACGUGAGAAAGAGUCGGAUGUCGAGCAAAGGGCAGCAGAGAAAGAUCUAAGCAAUUCGCAAACCGCUCCAGAACCCAUCAAUCCGUGGCAUCCAUCACAGUUUCCAGAUGGCGGGAAGGACGCUUACCUGUGUUUGUUGGGGGCCUUUUGUUGCCUGUUCUGCAGCUUUGGCUGGCUCAACUGCGUCGGCGUCUUCCAGAAUUACUACGAGACACACCAACUACGCGACCAUUCAUCUUCGCAGGUUGCAUGGAUAUCAUCCCUGCAGAUCUUCGUCAUGUUCUUCCCUGGCCCGAUCGUCGGGUUCUUCUAUGACAACCAUGGCCCAACAUACCUGAUCGCGGUCGGAGCUUUAUUUCAUGUCUUUGGCCUCAUGAUGACCAGUCUGUGCACCGAAUACUAUCAAUUCAUCCUGGCACAAGGAAUCUGCAGUCCGUUGGGGCUUAAUUGCAUUUUCAAUGCGGCCGUGAGCUCGCUCCCUUCGUGGUUCUUGAAGAAGCGCGGCCUCGCAUAUGGCGUUACUGCUGCCGGAAGUGGCCUAGGGGGGAUUAUCUUCCCGAUCAUGGCAUCGCAUCUCAUUCCACAGAUCGGGUAUGGGUGGACCUUACGCACUUUCGCUUUCAUGAUCCUUGGUCUAUUGCUCAUCGCUUUCGCGACGGUCCGUUCACGACUUCCGCCGAAGAUUCGUAAAUUUCGUCUCCAGGUGUUCAUCGAUCCUUUCAAAGACCUCAGGUUCACCAUGAUGGUUAUCUCUUCCUUCCUCUUCUUCCUGGGUCUCUUCAUACCUAUCAACUUCAUUGAGGUCGAAGCUAUGACGAACGGCAUGUCUGUACAUCUUUCCAGUUAUCUCCUACCCAUGUUGAAUGCGGCAAGGUACGUCAGCGCUCUGUUCCUUUUCCCAAGGCAUAGCCCUAAUAAAAGCAGUAUCUUCGGUCGCGUGAUCCCCGGUGCCCUUGCCGACAAAUUCGGACCGUACAAUCUACAAGCUGUCAUGGCAUUCUUCACUGGAAUACUCUGCCUAGCAUUAGGCCUGCCGGCAUCUGGCAAUGCAGCUUUCAUCAUCUUUGCGGCCUUGUACGGAUUCGCCUCGGGUGGUUUCGUGUCUCUCGCGCCAGCGCAGAUCGCAAAGAUCUCCAACGUUCAAGAAAUAGGCGUUCGCACAGGCGUUUUGUUUUCAUGCGUAAGCUUCGCGGGGCUUGUGGGUAACCCCAUCGCCGGAGCACUUGUGGAUGGCACUGGGUUUGAUAAGGUGAACAUCUUUGCGGGAGUAGUGAUGCUGGCGGGAGCGGUCCUGUUCGUUAUUACAAGGAUGGUAGUGACUGGAUGGAAGGUGGCGCAGAUAGCAUAA